UAAAAAAAAAAUGUAAUUGCAUAUGUAUUUGAAUAUAACCUUAAAAAAUGAUGUCUGACGUUGACGUUUUUGUAAGUAAUUAUACUCUAGUUGAUCCUGAAAUCUAUCAACUAUGGGUUGAUGGAAACUCUUCAAGUGAUGCAGUUAAUAUAUUACAACAACGUGGAAUUUGUUUAUUAACUAAUGCACCCUUAGAUCUAGUAACAUCUGAUGUCCUUGAUCAUUAUCGUACAUAUGCACUUUUAGAAAAAUUACUUCAUACUCCAACAAAAUUAGCAACUGAACAACUGUCGUUUCAAAUAGAACCACAAACUAGUCAAAUGCUUAUUGAAAUGUACUAUGAAUUUGACGAUGUUGUUGUUCGAGAAUUACUGGGAAAGAAAUUAACAUCCAAAAGUAGAAAAGACAUGGACGAGGUAUCGGAAAAGACUGGAAUUACUUUAAAAAGUUGUCGUAGACAGUACGAUAAUGUCAAAAGAGUUUUCAAAGUUGUUGAAGAUUUACCAGGAUCUUUAGUCGCUAAUAUCAGACAACAUUUCUUACUUUCUGAAGAUCUUGCCAAACGUUAUGGAGCAGUAGUAUUCAUUGCUUGUUUAAGAUUUGAAAUGAAUAAAAGAAAAUUGCAAUUUCUCACAUUUCCUGAUUUGUAUCAUUGUGCUAAUAGCAUGAUGGCAGCUUGGACUUAUCGAUGUGUUGGAUCAGAGUAUUUUGACACCGAUCUUGAUAGAGAAUUUUUGGUUGAACUCGCUGAAUGUAGAGUACUAUUAGAAAACGAUAAACAUCAUAAACACUUGGUGUGCAUCAAACUUAAACCGAUGUUACUUGAACGUUCAUACCAAGAGGUUGAUACAAAUUUUCGUUCUUACACGAGAGCUAUCUUAGGAAUAGGCUGUAGUCUGCACAGAUCUAGAGAAUUAAGAUUUUUCUUUUUAGAAUUAGUUGAAAGAUGUAUAGAACCGUGGAAACAAGUUAAUUGGUCUCAUACAGAUCUUAGAAACUUCUUAUCCGUUUAUACACAAUGUGCAUUGGAUAUGGAUGUUUUGAGAGAGGUUGAAAUUAGAGAUGCAUUUGAACGUUACAUGACAGUUGUAACAUGUUGCUUAUUACGAAUGUAUCACACAUGACCAAUAACAACGAGCACAGAAACAACAAACAAAUUAAAUGUGAUAAAUAUUUAAAAGGGACAUGUC